AUGCGCUCUUUCAUCCCUCUGAUUGCCUUGAUCGCGCCCUUGGUGUCGGCCGUCAGCAUUACUUCGCCUGCGCUGAAUUCGACCUAUGCCGCUGGGUCGACCGUCACCGUCGAAUGGACCACCGUUGACACGGAUCCGACGCAUCUGAGUCUCUACCUCUGGAACUUUUUCUCCUGGCCUCCAACCUACGUUCCUCUGGCUACGGAUGUGCCGACGGCGGAUCAGUCCUACUCGGUGCAAAUCCCCUGCGACACCAAUCCCGAAUGGGGUUACCAGAUCAGUGCGAUCAACGGCACCAACGUCUACAUCAUCUAUGCCCAGGGAGAGCGUUUCACAAUCUCCAAGCCCCUAGACGGAGCCAACUGUGUGGACCCAGCACCCAUUCCUUCGCCUUCCACCUGCGCUGCGGUUUCUACCGUUUAUGUCACGGUGAGCCCUACUGGUUCCAGCUCCAGUGUUCUGCAUCAUUCCUCCCACGGCUUCCAUUCGAGCCACCACCACCUGCACUCCACCCACGUCCUCCCUGCUCCUUCAUCCACCACUGCCACUUCUUCUUCUUCUUCUUCCAGAUAUGUGAAGCCGGGAAUCGUGCCUAAGACUAUUGGUUGGUGUUCAGACUACGCCCACCCCGUAACCUUGGACAAGGUUCCCACCACGACCCCGGCCGUGAACGACGACGCAGAUGUGCCCCAACCUUGGGUCACCUCCCCGCCCCGCAAGGUCAAGACCAUCACUACUACCGUGGCCGUGACGGCUUCCUGGGGUGAUGACCGCUGUGCGUUUGUUUAA